CAACAAUUGUAACACAUAUACACAUUCUCAAAUAAAGUAAAAAUGACCACAACAGUGUUUAUUCUUUGGACGAUGGUGUUAGGAGGAAUUGGAUUCCUGCUCAUUCAAAUCUGUAGCUGGUUGUAUCAGAUGAAGAAACAAAUUGAUUUCUUUGAAACUUUCCCAGGUCCAAAACUGCACUGGAUAUAUGGAAAUCUACAUCAGAAUCCUGGGCCAAACCAGAAAGGUCUUGAUUGGAGGAUUAGGCAUCCACAGAUGUACGGCAAUGUUUACCGUUUGUACUAUUCAAUACUAAGACCAGUUCUCAACUUAGAUGGACCGGAAGUUAUUAAAGCUGCUGUAAAAAGUGGAGCGAAAAAGGUUUUAACAGGACCUGGUUAUCGUUAUUUUUAUCCAUGGUUGGGAGAUGGUCUUUUGGUUAGCAAAGGUGCUAAAUGGUUCCGUAACAGACGGCUCUUGACACCUGCCUUCCAUUUUGACAUCUUGAAACCUUACACCAACGUGUACAACACGGCAGCAGAGAAGUUAGGGGCCAAAUUUGACCGAGUGUGUGACAAAUGCGAAAGUUUUGAAAUAUUUGGUCCGGUCAGUCUUGGUACCCUUGACGUGAUGUUAACGUGUGCGUUUUCAUACAACCAGAAUAUUCAAGAAAUUGGAGAUGAUCACCCAUACGUGAAAGCAGUGAAAGGACUGGCCAACCUUCUUCUAAAACGUUUUUUCAACCCAAUUAUGGACAUUGACUGGUUAUACUACCGGACAGCAGAUGGGAAGCGAUUUCUUGAACUAUCGGAGUUUACGCACAGUGUUUCUGAAAAUAUAAUUAAAGAGAGAAGGAAAAACCUGAAACAAAGCCCUGGUUCCAAUAAAGGUCGUCUUGACUUUUUGGAUAUUUUACUAUCGGCUAAAGAUGAAACUGGAAAGGGACUUGAUGAUAUUGAAAUUAGAGAUGAGGUCGAGACGUUUUUGUUUGAAGGCCACGACACAACUGCAAGUGCCAUCUCGUGGACACUUUACUCUCUAGCCCAAUACCCAGAAUGCUUAGCUAAAGUACAAGAAGAAUUGGACGAUGUGAUUGGUCAAGACGUCAACCAACCAAUAAAAUGGGAAGACCUGGCAAAUCUGAAUUACCUGACCUUGUGUAUCAAAGAGGGGAUGAGACUGCACUCCCCUGUACCCUUUAUCGGGAGGAUAACGGAUAAAGAGAUUGUCCUUGAGGGAAGAAAAAUUCCACCAGGAAUACGUAUUGAUAUGAACUUGUACAUGGUCCAUCAUAAUCCGAAUGUUUGGGGAGAUGAUCAUAUGGAAUUCAAACCAGAAAGAUUCGAAAUUGACAAUAGAGCAGAUAAAGACAGCUAUGCAUUUAUACCUUUUAGUGCUGGACCGAGAAGCUGCAUCGGACAAAAUUUUGCAAUGAACGAAAUGAAAGUGGUGAUCGGGAGAAUCGUCCACAAGUACAAUAUUUCCGUCGACGAAACGCAUGUCAUAGAAAAGGUUCCAGAACUUAUUAUGCGAGCUAAAGAUGGCAUUAAACUAUUUGUCACCUCUAGGGAAAAGAUGUAG